AAUAAGAAUUGAGCUAUGGAGAAAUCACCAGAGGAAGCACACCCUGUUGAGGCUUUUGGUUGGGCUGCUAGAGACACUUCUGGAUUCCUCUCCCCAUUCAAAUUCUUUAGAAGGGCAACGGGCGAUAAGGAUGUUAAAUUGAAGGUUCUUUAUUGUGGUAUCUGUCAUUCUGAUAUUCAUCAAUUGAAGAAUGAAUGGGGAUCUUCUCUAUACCCUCUAGUCCCCGGACAUGAAAUCAUGGGCGAAGUAACUGAGGUUGGGAGGAAGGUAGAGAAGCUCACCGUUGGGGAGAAAGUUGCUGUCGGGGGAUAUUGUGGAUCAUGUCGAUCUUGUGAAGACUGCACGAACAAUCUUGAGAAUUAUUGCUCCAAAGGAAUAGCUACCUACAAUGCAAUCUACAAUGACGGAACACCAACGUAUGGAGGCUACUCAGACAUGAUAGUUAUAGAUGAACAUUUUGUGUUUCAUGUACCAGAAAACUUGCCCUUAGCUGCAGCAGCCCCUCUGCUUUGUGCUGGAAUUACAAUGUACAGCCCAUUGAGAUACUUUGGACUAGACAAACCGGGCAUUUAUACUGUUGUCACGUUCAAAAAUUAAUGAAGAGUUUAUCCACUGGCCUGGCCAC